AUGCCUCAGGGUGGCCGCGUCAGGCACAGUCAGCCACAGAAUCACACCCCGUUGGAACCUCCAGCUCAGUCCCAGCUUCCGUCCAACGACAUUCCUUCGCCGCCGCCUAUUUGCCGCCGACAUGGCGCCCGCAUAGCCAGCAACAGCCCUACCAUAGGGCUUAUCGUGGGAUUCAAGGGUUCAGCUCAAGCCUCGCAUGUGCCAUCGGGUGCUAAAAGACCACAGUCUGCCGCUUCCGCUGUCCGCUCCGCCCUCCUCGUGAAGAGCAGCGGGCGUAAGGGCGGUAUGGAAGAGGAGAGGGUAGAGCGAAGGUUCUGCGAUCGCAGUCACUCUACCUUGAUCCGUGGCAUCGGCCCUAAUGUCGCGGGACUAGGUUGCCCUUAG